AUGCAGUCGAUAUUUGCAAAAAAUGGAUCAGAGACUCCGGAGCCGGUGAAAGCUCAAAUGAAAGGCUCCCUCCCGUCAUGGCUGCAGGGAACUUUGCUGAGGAACGGGCCCGGGCUUUUCUCUGUGGGAAACUCCAAGUACAACCACUGGUUUGACGGCAUGUCGCUCAUCCACAGCUUCACCUUCAGCAACGGUGAGGUGAGUUACAGAAGUAAGUUUCUGAAGAGCGACACCUACAAGAGAAACAUCAAGGCUGACAGGAUCAUCGUCUCCGAGUUCGGAACCAUGAUCUACCCAGAUCCCUGCAAAAACAUCUUCUCCAGGGCAUUCACGCACCUCAGCAACGUCAUCCCUGACUUCACCGACAACAACUUGAUCAACAUCAUUCGUUAUGGUCAGGACUACUACGCCUCCUCCGAGGUCAACUACAUGAACCAGAUCGACCCUGCUACUCUGGAAACUGUAGGCAAGAUAAACUACAGGAACCAUAUUGCUCUGAACUUGGCGACAGCUCAUCCUCACUAUGACGACGAGGGCAACACCUACAACAUGGGUACCGCCAUCAUGGGCUUCGGACGGCCAAAAUACGUCAUCUUCAAGGUCCCAGCUGAGGCCUCAGAUAAAGAGCAUCAGAAGCCGGCGUUGAGGAAAGUGCAGGAAGUCUGUUCGAUUCCAUUUCGGUCCACUCUGUUCCCGAGCUACUUCCACAGCUUCGGCAUGACCGACAACUACAUCGUGUUCGUGGAGCAGCCCUUCAAGCUGGACAUCGUCAAACUGGCCACCGCCUAUUUCAGAGGGGUCAACUGGGGGAGCUGCCUCAAAUUCGACGAAAAUGACAUCACAUUGUUUCACAUCAUCAACAGAAAAACAGGAAAGGAGGUGUCCAUGCGUUUCUAUGGCGAUGCCCUGGUGGUUUUCCACCACAUCAACGCCUAUGAGGACAACGGCCAUGUGGUGUUCGACCUGAUCAGCUACGACAACAGCAACCUGUACGACAUGUUCUACAUCAAGAACAUGAAACAAGAAACCAGCAGCUUCAUCCAGUCCAACAAGAGCUUCUCCCCACCAGUCUGCAAGAGAUUCGUCCUGCCGCUCAGUGUCCACAAGGAAUCUCCCAGAGGAACCAACCUGGUGACGCUGACGGACACGACAGCCCAGGCGGUGGUGCAGGAGGACGGAUCCGUCUACUGCCAGCCUGACACUCUGUUCGAAGGUCUGGAGCUGCCAGGGAUCAACUACAACUUCAAUGCUAAAAAGUACAGAUACUUCUACGGCUCCAGGGUGGAGUGGUCUCCUCAUCCCAACAAGAUCGCCAAGAUCGACAUCGUCACCAGGAAACACAUCGAGUGGCGGCAAGAGAAUUGCUUCCCUUCAGAGCCGGUGUUUGUCGGGUCUCCGGGAGCCGUGGAGGAAGACGACGGAGUGAUCUUGUCGUCCGUUAUCUCUCCGGAUCCAAAUAUUUCUCCGUUCAUGCUCGUCCUGAACGCUAAAAACUUUGAGGAAAUCGCCCGAGCCUCCAUCCCCGCCAGCGUCCACAUGGACCUUCACGGACAUUUUAUCCCCACUGCCGUUAACCAACACUCCAGCUAG